AUGCACGAUAGUUGUCUUGACCAGUACAGAAUGACCAAAUCACAAGUCAAGUUCAAAACUGCGCGCGAAUUAUUCAAUUUUGAAUGCACGUCUUCAUCAGCGCUACACUCAGGAUGUACCGAAUUGGACAACUUGAUAGGUGGGGGCUUUUUUCCUGGAUGCGUGACGGAGAUUUCUGGUGAAGCGGGAUGUGGAAAAUCACAAAUCUGCAUGCAGUUUGCUGCAGUAACAAUCGCUGAGGGACGGAAAGUGGUAUGCAUCGAAACAGAACGGGGGUUCUCAGUCAAGAGGGUUCGCGAAAUAUUGAAACUUCACACAAAUGAGGUGGAUGAAGCUAUGCAACGACUACUGAUCUCCUCACCGAGCACAAUGGAACAAAUGAUGAAUAUUCUGGGCAAGCUGGAGCAUUCUACCCAGCAGCUGGAUGAGACCUCCGUUGUUAUUGUGGAUGCCAUAGCAACUUUCUUUCGUGGCUGCACCGAAAAGGAAGACUUUCAAAAGUGGCGGAAUGUCCUUACGAUGCUGUAUAAUAUCGCUCUUCACCACAACAUCGCUGUAAUUUACGUGAAUCAUAUUACAACGCGACCGGACUCAUCCUCUGGUGAAUGGACAACUACCCCAUUUCUAGCGAAGGGUUCAUCAAGAAGGCCUACGAUUCAGCUUUGGUUGGAUCGGUCUACGACUGAAUCUGGAACCAUUAGGCGAAUCAGCGUCGUAAAGUCUCCAUUUUCUCCUACAUGCUCUGCGGAGUACGUUAUCACAAAUUCUGGGUUAAGCUUUGUCAGACUUCCUUCGAACUGA